AUGCAGAACUUCGAUUCCGUAAUGACGGCAACGCAGCAACCACCGCAAUCGGCAGAACAGCAGCAGACAGUAACACCGAAUGGUGGUUGGUUUGAUUUAACGAUCAAAUCGGAACCACUCGACUACCAUUCGCACCAUCAUUCGCUGCAGCAUCACCACCAUAACCACCACCGUCACCUGCAUCAUCAGCAGCAACACCAGGCGCAACAAGACACAACACUCAUGUCGAGCGAUGCACACUCGAACCCAACGUCACCGCAGAGCGUGGACAGUAUGGACUCGCUGAGCGGCAAGAGUGGUUUCUUCGAGGGCAAAGGAACAACGGGCAUCAUGGCCGGGGGAUACAAUCCGCUCGGUUUUAACCCACUAACGCCUCCGGGAUAUUCGGGACUGCUGAUUCCACCGCCAGCGUCAGCUCAACAUCAGCUACCAACGCAACAACAGCAGCGCCUGGCAACGCCCAACCGCAUGUACGGAGGAAACGGAAGUGCAGUCAAGGUAGAUCUUGCCUCACUGACACCAACGCACACACCACCAAUGGACGUGACGCCACCGAAAUCUCCCAAGGAACCUCUAGAGACACCCACCAAGGAGGAAGAACCGGGCUCAGACUGUGAGGAUGUGUCGUACGAUGGCAGCGAAGACGAGGAGGGCAUCCGCAAGCCCAAGGUGAACUCGCACGGACAGGUCAAGAAGUUCCGUUGCAAGCAGUGUGACUUCAUCGCCGUGACGAAGCUCAGCUUUUGGGAGCAUACCCGGGUCCACAUUAAGCCGGAAAAGAUGCUUACCUGCCCGAAGUGUCCGUUCGUGACGGAGUACAAGCACCAUCUGGAGUACCACCUGCGGAACCACCAGCGUUCGAAACCGUUCCAGUGUCCGAAGUGUAGCUAUAGCUGCGUCAACAAGUCGAUGCUGAAUUCGCACAUGAAAUCGCACUCGAAUGUGUUCCAGUACCGGUGUGCUGAUUGCAACUACGCCACCAAGUACUGCCAUUCGCUCAAGUUGCAUCUCCGCAAGUACGCACACAAGCCGGACGUGGUGCUCAAUCUGGAUGGAACGCCGAACCCACUGCCGAUCAUCGAUGUUUAUGGUACGAGACGUGGUCCAAAGGCGAAGCCUCAGAAGAAUGUCGAUAAGUUCCUCCAGAAGCAGGAGCAGAGCCACCAACAACAGCAACCGUCAAUCAAGCAGCAAGAACCGUCGAGUGGCUUGAUGAACGCUGGUGAUCAAUCGGCACCUCUGACGCCGCUUAACCAGCAGGGCAUGACAACCGCCCCGACGACUCCCUUCACACCUCCUGGAAGUGGUCAGACGAAUGGACUGAUGCGGAACCUCUUCCCACACCAACUGUUCCCGAGCCCGUUGGCGCACAUGUUCAAGAGUGCCGCUGCCAACGGUAACUUGCCACUGUUCCCGUACCUGAACCUCAACUUCCAGAUGUUUGCCGACCAGCAGGCCGGUUUGUCCCAACUUUCGCCGAGAAGCUUCCAGCAGAACCUGAUGAACCAGCUGACCGGGGAGAAGCUGAACGGUAGUGCCAGCAGCGGUUCCGACCACGACAACGAUCUCUCCGUGAAGACGACCUCGAGCGGUGGUUCACUUGGGGAGGAACUGCUGAAACAGAUCACGGCUGCUGCCGCGGACAGUUCUGCCUCUGCUGCGGGACGGAACGUAGUCGAGGACAGUGAGUCGGAAACGGUUUCCGCACUGCUUCAACCUUCGUUCGAUGAGUUCCCACCUGCGGUAUCGUCCAAUAACCCCCGUACACCUUCGACCACCGGUAAGGGUGAGCGAAGUCGCCGAAAGGGUCGUGCCUUCAAGCUGGAGCGUCUCAGCGAACCGGCAACGUCCUCAGCCGGUUCGACCGAGAUGGAUACGCACUACGACGAGGAACCCACUGUGACGGUGCCCGCUGUAGCAACCACACGAGAUUCCGCAGCCACGCCCAAGGAACGAUCGCUCGAGUGCAAGUACUGCGACAUUGCGUUCCGGGACGAUGUGCUGUACACGAUCCACAUGGGUUACCACGGGUACGACGAUGUGUUCAAAUGUAAUAUGUGCGGCGAGAAGAGUGAGGAUCGUAUCGGAUUCUUCCUGCACAUUGCCCGCAAGGCUCACUGA